UCCCCCCUUCUAACUUCCAUUUCCUCCUCUCUGGCGCGGCACGAAUCAAGCAAUGAGUCAACAACUUUAGUAGACAUUGUCAUAAACGAUACACACAUACAAUUACAAGCAGAGCAAAGCGAAAUGAAGCAAACUCCAGCUUCAUCCCCAGAAACCAUGGUUCGGCAAACCCAUCUCUCGCCGUCACAGGCCUCCACUGCGCCCCCGCUCACCCAACCAACGUCCACGAUCACAGAGAUAGGUAGCAGAACUUCGUACAUAGUUCGCUACCGCACAAUCAACCUACGUAGCUACUCACUCUCCGCUCAUGUUCAAAGACUUAUCAGUCUCCCGUUUCGAUGCUAG